UUUUCUCUCCAUCGAGCGUUUGUAUAAAUGGCACCAGCAUUCUUUAAAUCGUGCCCGUACAGAAUGGACGUGCCGUGCGCAUGCUGAAACCUGCUGAAUUAGAAUCAGAGAGCGUGCGGUGUGUGCUACAUUCUGCUGUUCGCAACUGUGCUGGCUGCCAAGCCCGAUGGGCCCGUUUGUUGGUUGCGCGUGCUACCUCGGCAAAGUUUGAUUAUCAGUGAAAGUUCUUUCCGCUGUUUUCCUUUCCACCCACCAUCUCUCCCUUUCCUUUUUCCAUCGCACGCUCGCAUCGUCCAGGGUUCACAGCUGCCCGAGGUUUGCAUUCAUGGUGGUACGGUUUCGACACCGUUGUAACGGACGUCGCUGCAUACGCCGUUGCACCUUCUGCUGCUUACCGAGUGUCGUCGUCUGCUAGCCCCGUGGGUAAUAAUAUGCUUGGCUCGCCGGUGGAGGUCCGGUACGGCGAUGGCGACGCGGUAGUACUGAUACGAACGGAUGCCGGAGCGGCACGGACGCACAAUGGAAGCGGCGACGGCAGCAGCGCCAAGGAACCGUCACAAAAUGUGACACACAACAGCCCGGCUAGUGUGGCCGGUACGCCGGAAUCAAGACGUAUCAUCAUACGCGAUGCGCACGGGACAGAGGGAUGCGGUUCCAUCACUAUCGUAACUCCAACCAAUAAUCUUAAGAUUAGCAUAAACACUAAACGAUACGAUCGACAGAAUGGAUUUCAGGCUGCGAAACGGACGUUAGCGAACGAUCUGCGGAACAAGUUGGGCGAGUUGGACGAGUUACUGAAGGCGUGCGACGAUGAUGAGGGCAUCGAUCAGCGCGGUGAACCAUCAGCCGGCGAACGGCCCACCACAGUAACGGUACAAUCUCAACCAGCCGAUUUCGCGGUGGCAGCAACGGCGGUGGCAGCAGCCUCCCACGGCAUGGUCAGCGGUGGCGGAGGCGGCUCGAUGGAACCGUCGUCGGCGAUCGUUCCCGAACCCAACCGUCGCUGUCUGGUGCGGUUCGAAGAUGCAACCAAGCGGCGGUUCGCGCAAGCUAGUAUCACACGGUGCAGUAGAUCUCAGCGGCUGUUGCAGCAAACGUCGUCCGCCCUUGGUCUAGUGGAAUCCUCCGAUAACGGGCCACAGCCGCAGCUAGCAACCCACGAUAGCAGCGAACACGACACACCCGGUAGUAGCUCAUCGGUCCGCACGAUCCGCUUUCCGCCGGAGUUUUCGUCGCUCGUGUGCACCUCCCAGCUGCCGUACGAUUUGAAAGCGCUCCACUGGGACGCACACCACCGCGUCAACAAGACGGGCAACUAUUGCUACUGUGGCAACGAUGGUGACUGGGCGCGGGAAAUGAUCCAGUGCCGCAGGUGCGAGCAGUGGUUUCAUGGCCGCUGUGUGCGUAGCUUGCAGUUUCCAAUUUUCCACGGCGACACGUUUUAUGUGUUCAUUUGCUCGAUCUGCAACCACGGGCAUGAGUUUGUGCGCCGGCUCGUGCUUAGCGCGCUGAAUCUGGUGCACCUGGUGCUGUACAAUCUGAUCAUGCGGAAUGGACUACGGUUUUACGGGCUGCGGACGGCAAUAAUCCCGUACAUCGAGGACAACCAGCGCACGUUGCAGCUGUCGGAUCAGUUCGUGAAGCUUUCAGCACACGAACGGGCUGAUCUAUUGCUGCAAGCGCUCAAAAGCAACAAGGAUAGAUUUCUCAACGGUAAAGAGUGUUCGCUGUCACUGCAGCUUUGGACUCUCCGGCAACCGCUGCCUCCACCAACCGAACCGAUCACCAUUCCUAUACCAGCGGUGGAAAUCGUAACGGAAAGUAUGCUGCAACAGAAGCUAGAUAUUACCGAGCAUUUUCGGUUUCUGCCUCGGGUGUACCAUGAGAAAAAUUACUUUAUGGACGGUGCUACCCGUGAGCGAAUGCUCGGUCUCAACUAUGCCGGCCAUCCGGCAUCGGUCGAGGAUCCACGGAUGGUAACGGCCGACGUUGUCAGCACGCCCUCCUCAACAUCAACUGCGCACCCGGAGCAACAAUCAAUCUCAAACUUUCCCAUCAAUGUACCGCCACUACCACCAGCCGACGGUAGUAAAGCGCUGGUCGGCGCGCGGCGACGGAAGCGUUUCGGCAUACGGCCCACGCCAGUGGUUAAACCGCUGCCGAGCGAUGGGCUCGGUGCAAUCAUACCGCCGCCAGCGGACUUUAUCGGUCCGAACCAUCCGUUCUACGAGGAGGAAUCGUCAUCGGGCUCGUCCGGCAACAGUAAAACGCGCUACCAUUGCCGGAAGAUCGGUACAAUGAAGCGGCGAGCGUUCGAUAUGAACCAGCGUUACUUGUCGAACGCGAAAAGGCGAAAGUUAAGCCACUCGGGUGCUUCGUUUCUUUUUCCCCUUUCACAGCUAAAGGAAGCAAUGCAAACGCAAAUAGUGCGGAAGCGGGUCCUGUCCGACGUGCUGGAAGAAUCGCCCAAUACCCUAUCCUGGCUUAAUGUUCAGCGCCAUAACAGUGAGCAGAGCAUGAGCGGUGGCGGCACCUUUGACGAACGUCCCUCAGCUACCUGCUCCUCUUCCUCGUGUACCGCCGAGCAAGUCGAUGCGACAGCUGCUGGAAGCGUCUUCUCGGAUGCGUCGUGCGCCGAGGAAAAGCCGCUGGCGAGCGGUCGCCGAUUGUCCGGACGGUUGGUGGCGCUCGGGACGAAAAACUAUUCCGACACGCGGCGCAACAAACGGCGCCGGGAGCAACCGGCCUCAUCGUCGUCCCAGAAAAAUGGUCGAACGGGCCGGCGCCGGCGUAGUGAGGCGUGCGGCGGCGACGAUGACGACGAUCCGACCGAUCACUCGAACGGCGAUCGUUUGUCCAUGAGCGACUUUGCAUCGAGCGCCGACAGCUCGUGCUGCGUGCGCAAUGCGUACUGGGAUCCGGAAACUGUGCCGCAACCACCGCCGGCCGUCGAAAGCGAUGGCCAAAAGCAAAACCGUCCAGCGUGUGUCGUGAUGGGCAAGCGGACGCUCCCGGACGGCAAGAAGGAGCUGCUGCUCGAGCUGAACUGAGCGUCUGCUGCCGAUCAACGCUUAACGAUUACUUCUGUCUUUUUCUUUUUCGAUAAUCAUUUUCAGCACUUGUUUUUCCUUUGUUUUCCUUUUAGGUUUGUUAACAGAAUUGUAAACGGGAGGUGCAUUUGACCUUUAUUGCUGUCCUUUCGUUUCAGCUUUCGAACUUUUAGGGACAAAAAGAGAAAAAAUCAUUAUUAAUCUUAUUUAUCAAGAGUAAGAGAGGGAGAGGAAGUGAGCGAGGAAGAGAGAGAGAGAGAGAGAGAGAGAGAGAGUAGGGAUUAGGAAAAUUAUCUUGUUUUUGUUUUUCUUCUUAUUUACCCCUUUUCUGGUCGAUUGUUAGCCACUCACACGCACCCUGCUGCCGGCGCAGGGUAUUAGUAGUAAUUAUUUAAUUUCAUUAUAUUAUUCACGCAUUAAGCUUACAUACUUUGAGAGUACAAAAAAAACCCAACCCGUUUAGAAUGAAGUAGCGCAAUUUAUUCGGUAGCCGGUAGAGAUCCGGCGUUGUUGGCCGAUCGAAAAUGCAAAACGGCGAACCGUUACAGUUCCUUUACGCGCGGUAGAAGAAACAUUUCGCAAAGCAAAAUAGCCUAGUGGACCAGCUCGAAGCAACCAACUAACCAUUUUGGGAAGGCCAAUCAAGGGCUAAAACGUAUUAAUUUAUUCGCGCUUCGAUGGUUUUGUGCUACCUAUUAUAAUAUUACUUUCCCAAUCUUUAUUUCGACCUUUGAGGAUGAAAUAGUAACAAACGAUCUCGCAUUCCCAAUAACGAAACUUUAAACAAACCGAAGUACGAAAGGUAGCGCGCAGGGUAAUUUAAUUGUUUAUUGUUUGUUGUGCGGCCCUUACUACAAAAAUGUCUUUCAGCUUUAGGCGUACGACCUCGGCAAACGAAUUCAAACGAAUGGAUCGAUACGGUUAAAGGAAGGUUCUGUUAAUAAUGUAUUUAUUUUUCAUCGCAAAUUGCUGCAAAUGAUUGAUCUGAGGUCGGCCCGGUUGGCAGAUGCGACAGCGGCACCGGUCUUCACACAACAGGACCGGGCUCAAAUCUCAUCGGAGCUGUGGUCUCCCACAGUGAGCACUGACUAUCCAAGCAUACGCGGGCCAGGCGGGUUGUAUGGCCAAGAAAGAAGCAGCGAUUAAUUUGGUGUGAUACAUAGAUUUCAGUCAGGCGAACCAGAACCCGUCCUGACAUAGAUGCUCAACACAGUUCUCAUGCACAGUUCCUCGCAAUUCAAUAACAACAACAAAAAAACCUCUCCCGAACGUACUAACAGCUACGAACUGUAGCAAUUAAAAAUGUCUCCUGCGAGGAGAUUCUAAUAUUUUGUUGUUCUUUUUAUUUCCACCCAUUAACACAAAGAGCCAGCAAACGAAUAGCAUAACGGAAAGGUUGAUUAGUUUUUAUAUUAAGUAUUAUUUUUCUUCUUUUGUUGUUAUUCUUUUUUACUUAUAGCUCCAUCCAUUAAAAUACGUACCCCCCCUUCUGUUCUGAAGGGGCAAACAAACCAUCAAGAACAUUGAACUGACACUUUAUAAUGCAUAAGUCGCGCUUAAAACAAAGGUGAAAUCAGAAUGCACUGCCUGCCGCGAAAGGGACGCGCAUACCUAGUCUGUUGUGGGGUAAGCGGAUAGACGGAAAUAAGGUAAACCCGGAAAAAUGCUAAAGAGAGGGAACAAAACGAUAACACUUCAUCGCGCAUAUUUUAGUCGGGGCUACUACUGGACAGGGAUGAGAUCCGUAGAAUUAGGUAGCAUUCACAAAUUAUUUAUCGUGCGGUCGAAAACCAACCACCCGGGGUGUGAGUGUGUGUGUAGCCAAAGGCUUGCUAUAUCCGAUCCUAGGGAGGAUAUGGGCUUCAUCAUACUAGAAACUGCGAGCGCAACGCGCACGCCUAGCCGUUUAAUGCAAUUUAUUGUUUGUUAAGUCUCGCUUACAUUUGCCAACAACUGCCUAAUUUACACGACCAAACCUCCUUAAGUUUUAAUGCUGCCUACAACGAAGCGGAUGCCGGAAUGUAUAUUGAUAGACUGUAUUAAAAAAAAAAACCUCCCCCUCCGUUCGUUCAGGACGUCAGUUACAUUUUGAAUCGUGCGCACAUUCGAUGUUGUGUUCAACCGUAACCAAAACUUAACGAAAUCAGCCAGUAAAGGUGAAGCUAGAUUAAGUACGAUUAGGUGCGUGAUGGUUCCGCAAGACGCACGUGAUAGGUGGACGAUGCAAGCGGACUGAGCCUCAAACUGCUAGAGGCUUGUAUUGACUGCAAGCCCAAAGCUCCAAUACUUUUUAAUAACCCCAUCAGCCCUACCCCAAACACUCCCAACACCUCCCACUGCCAAUAAGAUGUGAUACCGUGAGAUAUGGACGGAAUGCUGUCCGUUAACGGAACGUAGUUUGGGGGAGGGGGCCUGAAACCUGCGUAACAAGCCAAAAAACGAAAUUGCGAAAGUAGUUACAAAUGAAAGGUAUUUUAUCGUGAAGAAGAGACAUUGGGCGCUGCCAGGCUCUCGCGACGCCCACGACUACAAGCUAGACUCUCCAGCCCGGUGUGUGUGUGUAUCCCUCGCUUGUUCGUCUCUCACUUCAUCCCUGCCAGGAAGCACGUUAGGACAAACUAGACAAAUGAAACCAAGGCUGGCUUACUACGGGGAUGAUGUGUGGAAAAGGGUUGCGAAGCGAGAAGGAAAAUCUUGGAGGAAAAUCUACGGUGUAUAUAUGCGCUAAGGGUGUAAAUCAUCGUGAGCCGAGAGAGAGAGAGAGAGAGAGCCUAACGUUAAAACUCACACAGGGAUUAGUCAACGAGUUUUCUUCUUUUUUUUUUUUAACCUA